UUUCCGGUAAUUCCGACAGUAGCAGCAGCAGCAACACAACCGGGACCGAAGAGCGACCGGAGAGGAGAGAGGGGGCGAGAAACGACCCGGGGUGAGCGAGCGAGAGAGAGAGAGAGAGAGAGAGAGAGAGGGGCUGUUAAAUGAAGGGACGGAAGAGGGAAACUCGUGAUGAAUCAGUGACUUUUGGACUUCUUUACUCCCAUCUGGAUUCUCUUGAGGAACAAAACUGAUGAUCAGAAGUCUUAAAAAGGAGGCAAACCGAGUGAAUACAACAAGGAGGUCGGACUUGACCAGAAAGGCCUGUUUUAAAGAUCUUGUUUUGGAGAUUGGGCGGUUUGUGUUGUCUAUGCACCCUCAGUAGUACACACCUCAACCUGCUUGCAUAGUGGUUUGUGUUUCCCCUUAUGCAUACUACAUUAGCUUCAUCCAAUGAGAGUCGCCGUUGGUUACGCAUGCUAUGCAUUACUAUGCAUUUUUUAAACGAAUGGCUCUGAAGUUCCGUAUCGAAGGUUCAAGUCGAGAUUCAAAGUAACGGUUCGAAGCAAGACCAAAUAUCCUUCUAAACGUUUUCCCGGUGACAAACGUAAUAUAUGCACAGCCAAGAAGAUGGGGAAGAUGCUCUCAAAGAUCUUCGGCAACAAAGAGAUGAGAAUAUUGAUGCUUGGACUUGACGCGGCGGGAAAGACCACGAUCCUUUACAAACUGAAACUGGGACAGUCUGUCACGACCAUCCCGACCGUGGGAUUCAACGUGGAGACUGUCACCUAUAAGAACGUCAAGUUUAACGUCUGGGACGUCGGCGGUCAGGACAAGAUCCGACCGCUGUGGCGGCAUUACUACACCGGCACCCAGGGACUGAUCUUCGUAGUGGACUGUGCGGAUCGGGACCGGAUCGACGAGGCCAGACAGGAGCUACAUCGCAUCAUCAACGAUCGCGAAAUGAGGGACGCCAUCAUCCUGAUCUUCGCCAACAAGCAAGACCUUCCCGACGCCAUGAAACCACACGAGAUCCAAGAGAAGCUUGGGCUGACCCGGAUCCGAGAUAGGAAUUGGUACGUCCAGCCGUCCUGCGCUGCGACGGGCGAUGGACUCUACGAAGGGCUCACCUGGCUAACGUCCAAUUACAAAUCGUAACGCAUCGAUACGGAAACGAGUGGCAACUAGAAUCAAUUAAAGAAUAACUUUGGCAGAUCUCUGUGUUAAGUUUGAUUAUUAUUUUCUUCUCAAGCCCAUCGUUUGUUUGUUUGUUUGUUUAUUGGCUCGCUCUUACUUUUACUUCAAGCACUAUUGUAGAUCUGUUACAUUUGAAUGUAUAACCAUCUCCAAAUAUGCCAUACACUGCAAAAUCUGAACAACAAACAUCCUUAAAAUGACGCAUUUACUCCAGGCAAAAUUGCGUACGAUAAAAAGACUUGAAUUAAAGUCGUUAUCGACCGCCGUAACCAAUGGUUUUUUUUUCUUGCUGUAUGAAUAAUUAUUACUAAAAUGUGUUCGAUUUGUGCUUAAAAUUACAAAUGCAACGGGGUGAGAAAAAUAAACUCCAUACACUUUGAAAACAAGUCUUCUUAUGUACGCAACGUGCCUUCUGAAGUACAACGUAAAUGCAUUUCGUAUAAGGAAUAUUCCGGGUUUACAAUGGGAGUCAAUGGGGUUUAAUCUGGAAACAUUAAAAUACUGUUUCAAAAGUAUAGACACAAGACGUAAACAAUAAACUCGUUUUAGGGUUUGAUGGUUUACCGCGUUUCGUCGCCAUGGCAACAAUGUAGUAAAAUUGUCUGUAACUUCA